GAACGAAUGAAAUGAAUGAAAAAAGACAAAUCAAACCAUAGAGAAACAGCUAAAUUUCUUUCCGGUUUCAACAUGCCGCCCAAGAAGGACGCGAAGGCUUCGGCCAAGCAGCCACAAAAAACCCAGAAGAAGAAGGAAGGAUCAGGUGGUGGCAAAGCCAAGAAGAAGAAGUGGUCCAAAGGAAAAGUCAGGGACAAGUUGAACAACCAAGUGUUGUUUGAUAAGCCCACAUAUGAGAAACUGUACAAGGAAGUACCCCAGUACAAGCUGAUCACUCCUGCCGUAGUAUCUGAGAGAUUGAAGGUCAGAGGAUCCCUAGCGAGGCGAGCACUCAUCGAGCUCAGAGAAAAAGGUUUAAUCAAACAGGUAGUUCAACAUCAUGGACAAGUGAUCUACACGAGGGCGACAAAGGGUGACGACCCCGUUGCGUAAAUUAAUGGAUAAGUUUAAAAAAUAAAAAAAAGUCUUAAAUCUG